CAAUUUCAGACAGAGCAGAUCUAGAGAAACAAUCUGAAAAUGCUCAAGAACUAUGGCUUGCAUGUGAGGCACUUCGAAGGACAGUCAAGUAUGGUGAGAAGGGAAAGCGAUGUCCUGACUCCACUUGAUAAUGAGGUCGCAGCUAUAAAAGAGGCUGGCAGCUCAAUACCAGUUGUCCAUGGUAUACUAGAAGCAAUCCCAGAAGAUGCCUUAACAAGGGGAGUGUUUACAGAAGAAAGUCUAAUCGCUAGGUGGAAACAUGUCAAAAAAGUAUGCAAGAGAGUUGCAUUAGUUGAUGAAGUAGGAACCAGUCCUUUUCGAUAUUUCUUGUCUUAUUUUCAAUCUUUUCUGAUUAUAGACAAUCCCCGGCCACCGUUAGAUGAAGAAUUAGAUCUUACUCAGCUUGAUACAUUUAAAUUGUUAGCUUUUGCAGAUUACCAUAUAAAACAUGGUGAUUUUGACCAAGCUGUUAGAUAUGUGAAUCAGUUACAAGGUAUGCCAAGAAGAGUGGCUGACACUUGGUUGAAAGAAGCUAUCUUAUUGCUGGAAGUCAGCCAAGCAGCUAAUGUCUUGUCGGCCACAGCAUCAGCGUCUGGAUUAGGGGCACUCUGUAUUUAGAAUACAGUGCCACUUAAAAUCAAGAUUCUUGUGUGUGAUUGACUGAGUGACUGAGUGGUUUCUUUGCUGUAAGUUAAAAUGCAAGUCUGUAACGAUGAAAUUCUUUGAAAAGUGUAAUAUUAUAGGUAAUUUAAUUUUAUCAUGCUAAGCACAGAAACAACUACCAAUAUGCAAGCUUAUUAGAACAGUAAAUUGAAUCCAAAUGUGUUUGGUAAAUUAAUUCUUUGACUGGCCUGAAGAAAAAUACCCCCCCCCCCUCC